AUGGCAAACUGGUUUGAUUACCUCUCUCUCGCGGUCACACUGGCCAUCAUCUCUGCGCUGGCGUAUGGAGGUUUUCUUGCCUCCAAAGCCAUCUCCAGCGCGGUAGAUUCUGCGAAAGACUCGCUCAAGACGAAGGGUGUCGAUGUUUCGAGGGGCGGUGUGUCCGUUAAAACAAACAAGCGGUAUGACCGCGAAGAUUACCUUGAUGCCACCCAGCGUGGGUUCAUCAAAGCCAUGAAGGCAUCCUCCGGAGGCAAUCAGGCUGGCCAGGAGCCGUCGAACGGGCAGCUCGAGCGGGAGGCCUCGGUCAACGAGAAGCAGAAAACCCGCAGUCGACGGUCGCAGGCCGAGAAGUGAAGGCUAUGACCAUGACUCACUGCCCGCGCUGCUAUGGACGCUUCUCCGCUGGACUUUCAUCAUUGGCUGUAUAUUGGCUGUAUAUGGGCGCGGAACUUGGGCGCGAAAACCACAGCUUGGCAGAUAGGACUCUCAAGCC